AUGGACGCGUUCAUCUCCAGGAAACGACGCCGCAUCUCGCCGCCAGACGACGCACAAGCCGCCGCCAGCGCAAUACCCGGAGAAGACGAGGAUUCAACCGACUUCAAGCUUGCUCUCCUCGUAUCACUGCAUCCGGAAAUCGGCCAAUCCUUUCUUCUCGAAAUUUUACUCGAUGCUAACGGAUCUGUGGAGAAGGCCUCUCAGGCUCUAGCGGAGAAGGGAAAUGGCGAUUCUCCUCGCAAAAGGCCUUUGACAGUCGGAUAUCAGUCUUCACUUUCUCGUUUCGCAGUCCAGCGUGGCAGCACGGCAAGCAAGAAGUUAUCAGCAAAGAAGGGGAAAACUCUACACCUGUACUCACCAGAAGACAUUGAGAAUGCUACCCCUUGCUCUAUCAUCCACAACUUUCUCCCUCCUCAUGAGGCAGACGCUUUGCUAAGAGAUAUGCUCGCCGAAGCCCCGACUUUCGGCAGAGACACCUUCAAGUUGUUCGACAGGGUGGUUGAAAGCCCACACAGCAUCUGCUUUUACGUUGACAGCUGGGACGAAGCAGCCCGUCAAAGAGACGAUUACAUCUACAACGGCAGCCGAAUCACCGACAUAAGACGUACCCUUCCAGAGAUGGAUAAAGCAAAAGCGAAGGUCCAGACUGCAGUCAACGCCGAGAUCGAACGGCGGAUCGAACGAUUCCAAGACGGCGCCAGACUCAAGUACCAGUCCCCCCGCGAAUGGAUCCCCAACGCCUCGUUCGUAAACUGCUACGACGGGGGCGCAGAAAGGGUAGGCUACCACUCCGACCAGCUCACCUACGUCGGGCCACGCGCCGUCAUCGGCUCGCUCAGCUUAGGUGUCGCGCGCGAGUUCCGCGUCCGCAGGGUCGUGGCACGCGACGACGACAACUCCCUCUCACCCGCCUCCGACGCCGUGAUCCGCGCCGAUACGGAGGGCCAGAUCGCGAUCCACCUGCCGCACAACUCGCUGCUGGUGAUGCACGCGUCCAUGCAGGAGGAGUGGAAGCACAGCAUCGCGCCGGCGCAGGCCAUCGACCCGCACCCCAUCGCCGGCAACAAGCGCAUAAACAUCACGUACCGGCAGUACAAGGAGAGUCUGCAUCCGCGGUACACGCCGCGGUGCAGGUGCAACGUACCGACCGUGCUGCGAUGCGUGCAGAGGAAGAAGGAAAACAGGGGGAGGUACAUGUGGAUGUGCCAUACGAGUUAUACACCGGGUCAAGAGGGGUGCUCUUUCUUCCAAUGGGCUGAGUUCGAUGAUGACGGGGAACCGCCUUGGGCGAAGAACGUCGCGGGAAGAACGGCGGAGAAUGCUGCAAGGGAUGAAGGGCAUAGAGAAUAG